GUUGCGUAGUAUCUGCUGGUUGAAAAAUAUCUGGGUAAGGAAAAAAAAAAACUCCUGAUCCAGUUGAUAAUAUUGUCUGGAUAAUGGAUCCGAAUUAAAUCCGACCCGAUCCAUAGAGGUUGCUGCGGUGGGUAAAGUUGGGAGACAGUGGCGGCUAUAGUGGCAGUCGAACAGCGCAGCUACAACUGAGAGAGUUAACGAUGAAGCUCUUCUCAUGGACGGUGUUUGCCGUAGCAAUAGCAUCGUUAUCCCUUAUUCCACAUCCUUGUUCAUCGUUCCAAUGGCAGAUCCUCACAAAGCACAAUUUCUCUUCUCAGAUCCGACUCCAUCCUCACGUCCUUCUUCUCGUCACCGUUCCCUGGUCUGGCGAGUCUCGAUCCCUUAUGAAGGACUUGUCACUCGUAGUUGCCGAUAAACCUCAGGAGUUUGGCUCUUUAAAACUCAUGUUGAUGCAUAGAAACAGUGAGAAAAUGCUCGCAGAUUCUGUAGGUGCUACUACUGAUGAAAUAACGGUGAUUUAUUUCCAUUAUUCUGUAUCUUACAAGUACCGAGGAAGAUUCAGAGCUCAAAAUAUAUUGUCUUCGUUGUAUUCUUAUAUAUCCCUUGCGCCCGAGGAGGUUCCUCUCAAAGCCCUUAACACUCCUCUAGAUUUCAGAUUAUUCCUCGAUUCAACUGAUAAGGCUCUAGUUCUCAUUGAUUUUUGUGGAUGGACACCUAAGUUGCUCGCCAAAAGUACCAGAAAUAAUGCAACACAAAAUGGCUUUACGGUGCUUGGGGAUGAUCACCUUGGAACGAGUUUUAGCGGAGGGGAUGAGAGAAUGCAAGUGUCAAGGGGGAAGACUAACAAGAAGGUGGCUGAGGACACGUGCAAGGUGGAACUUGGCAUUGAUAAAGGGUUUUGUAAAGCUCCUUGGCUGGGGGAAUUUACCUCAGUAAAUUAUGGUCCUUUGGAGGGCUCUGCCUGUUCAUUUGAUGAAUUUGAGCGUUUUCAUUCUUUCUACUUGAAAUUCAUGACUGCUGUGAGAGAAUUCUUUUUGCCUCCGGAACGGCAUAGAUUUGGCUUGGUUUCAGAUAGGUCGAUGCUUUCAUCACUGGGUGUUGGUGAUUCUGGUCCAUGGUUUGCAGUUCACUACCUGGCUGGAUGUGCAAGUUGUUCAAAUAUUCUCAAAAAAGAGGAUGACUUGAACUAUGUUUUGCAGAUGAAUAGUUAUUUUGUCAUAGAGCUGGAAAGUAGUGGACAUGAUCAAGAGCCCAUUCUACCAGCAAAAAAGCCAUCAGUUCUUCUAUUUGUUGAUAGAUCAUCUGACUCCUCAGAAACUAGGAGGAAAAGUGAGGAAACUCUUAAAUCUUUUAGAGUGUUGGCACAGCACUGUCUUCGUGUGAAUCAAACGGGUGAGAAUAAUAAUGAUAAUAAUGAGAAAAUUUCUAUCCAAGAAUACCGUGGCUUCAAGAGUACAUAUGAGCAUCCUAGGUUAAAGCUGUCUGUGACAUCUCAGAAGAUUAAACUAAAGGAGAAGAUUUCUUCCAUCGUGAUUGUAAAUGAGGGUAAGCAAGUUAGAUUGGAUAAUGUAGCUUCUGAUUUACAAGGUAGUUCUUUGAAUGAGAUAUUGGGUUAUCUUCUCCAGCAAAAGAAGGAUAGAAAACUAAGCUCCCUGGCAAAGGAUUUAGGUUUUGAACUUUUAUCUGACGACAUUGAUAUUGGGUUAACUGAUACACAACAAUCACAUUCAGAAGUUCAAUCAAAUCAAGUUUCAACAGAAACUUCUCAAGAAGGCCAUAGAGACACUGUAAUGCAGGAUGGAGAUCUGCAUAGAUCUGCUGGAGAUCAUGAGCAAAAUCCCAAAUUGACUGUGUUAUCUUCUCAGCAUGAUGAAGUGAAGAGACCUUCUAUUGUCACAAGUGAAGAGAUAAAAUCUGUGCAAUCUGAAGAAUCCAUUGCAGAUCAUGAACGGACUGCCAAAGUUUUGAGACCAGAAACAGAUGAUUCCUUAGGUGGAAACACGUAUAGUGGAGAACAGGCUCAUUUUCUUGGUUUUAGUGGUUCUUUUUUCUAUUCUGAUGGUAACUACCAAUUGCUUAAAAGACUCACUGGUGGUUGUAAAAUUCCAUCUUUGGUCAUAGUUGAUCCCUCCCAGCAGCAACAUUAUGUUUACCCUGAAGAGAGAAGUUUCAACUUCUCUUCACUGUAUGGUUUUCUCUCAGAAUUUCUUAAUGGGACCCUACUUCCAUAUCAGCAGUCAGAGCAUGUUCUUCGAGGCCAAAGGGAGGCCACCCAUCCACCAUAUGUUAAUUUGGAUUUUCACGAAGUGGAUUCUGUACCUCGAAUCACAGCUUAUACUUUUUCUGAACUUGUUAUCGGUUUUAACCUUUCUAACAAAGAAAAUACUUCUAAUGCAUGGAAUAAAGAUGUAUUGGUAUUGUUUAGUAAUAGUUGGUGUGCAUUCUGCCAGAGAAUGGAAAUGAUUGUCCGGGAAGUAUAUCAGGCCAUCAAGGGCUAUGUGGAUAUGUUAAAGAAGGAAUCUCUGAACGUGAGAAAUAUCUCUGAUCAUGAAAAUUUGGAUUAUGUUACAAUGAAGCUUCCGGUAAUCUACUUGUUGGAUUGCACAUUGAAUGACUGUGACUUAAUACUGAAGUCAGUAGAUCAGAGGGAACUUUAUCCUGCUCUGGUUUUAUUUCCAGCGGAAACGAAGAAACCUCUAUUUUAUGAAGGAGAUAUGUCUGUAAUUGAUGUUAUAGAAUUUGUGGCUGAGCACGGGAGCAACUUUCAUCAUCUUGUUAGAGACAAAGUAGCAGGUUUGUGGCGAUCUGAAAGAGUAGUCAAGAAUCAGAACUUAUAUGAUAAUUUGCAAACUGAAAUACAUGAGGAGUCACUUCAUACACUCAACAAAUAUCAUGGAUCCCCUGGUCAAGACCGAAUGCUGGACCAGGUGGUCAGACCUAACCUGAUGAUGUCACCACUGCAUGAAACAUUGCCUCACGUGGUGAUUGGUUCAGUGCUAAUUGCCACAGAACAGCUUUUGGGGGUUCAGCCAUUUGAUGGAUCAAAGAUUCUCAUUGUUGCAGCCGAUCAAACAACCGGAUUUCAAGGUCUUAUCAUCAACAAACAUACAGAGUGGAGUUUUCUGCCUAAAUUGGAAGAAGGCUUGGAAAAAUUGAAAGAGGCUCCUUUGUCCCUUGGGGGUCCAGUUGUGAAAACAGGAAUGCCUCUUUUAUCCUUAACUAGAGCAGUUUCUGAAAAUAAUUUACCUGAUAUCCUGCCUGGAAUUUACUUCCUUGAUCAUGUAAAGACACUUCGUAAAAUUGAGGAGCUGAAGUCAGCAAAUCAACCAAUCGGUGAUUACUGGUUUUUCUUGGGGUAUUCGAGUUGGGGAUGGAACCAGCUAUAUGAUGAGAUGGCGGAAGGAGCUUGGAACUUGAGUGAGGAUGCACUAAGACAUCUCAAUUGGCCGUGACUGCCAUUUAUUAACCAUCUUUACUGUACUAAUAACAUUUUUUAUUCCUUUGUUAAUUAUAGAAAUCUAGUAAUUUACAAAGAAAUGGAAGCUUAUGUGGUACAAAAUGACACUCGGCAUACGGGAUUCAUUAAAAGGCUAGGGGCCGCAAAAUUAGGAAAAAUAGUGUGGGCUUGGGGU